ACGGGAUAAUUUUAGACCAAACUAUUUUCUUGUCGUGCCUAACCAAACCUCUCUGCCGGCCGGCUUCACUUGCCCAUCUGUAAUGCCUCCAUUGGCCAAUUGACCAAUGUAAAACUCUCCUUAAAGCAUAAGCAGUGACGCUUUGUAGCAAGAACUAAAACGAAUAUGGGAAGUGGAUGCUCCACUCUCUCAACUCCAACUCCUAAUCACACCCUUUUUUAUUCUCUUUCCUCAACUCUUCCAAUCAAUAACAAAUCCAAUUCUUUCAACAAUCUCCCAACUUCACCAUUUUAUUCCCAUCUCCCCAAUCUAAGUAACACAUCCAUGUCUCAAUUUUCAUCUCCAUCUUCUUCCAUUCUUCCUCUAAAUUCGACCAAAUCCGAUUCAUUUGAAACCCAACAACAAAUUUCUGAAAAACCCAUCUUCAACCCUCAUGAUAUUAAUCCCAAUUUGCUUCAAAAAUUGGUUUAUGAUGCCCUGGUUUGGUGUUCUCUUCAUGGGCUUCUCGUUGGUGAUAGAACUGCUAAGAAAUCAGGGACAGUUCCUGGGGUUGGUAUGGUUCAUGCCCCAAUUUCUCUUUUGCCUGCCUCAUUUCCUGAGGAUCACUUCAAGCAAGCAUGUGAAUUAGCUCCUAUUUUCAAUGAGCUCUUUGAUCGUGUCAGCUUGGAUGCAAAGUUUCUCCAGGACUCGCUGUCAAGAACCAGAAAAGUAGAUGAAUUCACAUCGAGACUGUUAGAUAUUCACUCCAAGAUGAUAGACAUCAAUAAGAUAGAGGAAAUACGUUUGGGCUUACAUCGAUCAGAUUACAUGCUUGAUGCACAAACAAAAUCACUUCUCCAAAUAGAGUUCAACACAAUCUCAUCUUCAUUUGCUGGGCUAAUGUGUCUUGUCAGUGACCUUCACAGGAACUUGCUUGGUCUCUAUGGAAAUCAGCUUCAAUUAGACUUCAGAAAGGUCCCUGAAAAUGCUUCUGUUCAACAAUUCGCUAAGGCAUUAGCUGAAGCUUGGCGAGAGUACAAUAAUCCAAGGGCUGUUGUUCUUGUUGUGGUUCAAGCUGAGGAACGCAACAUGUAUGACCAGCUUUGGCUUUCAGAUGUAUUGAGGGAGAUACAUGGUGUUACAUCUAUCAGGAAGACGUUAGCAGAAAUUGAUGCAGAAGGCAAGUUACUGCCUGACGGAACACUUGCUGUAAAUGGGGAGGCAGUUGCAGUGGUGUAUUUUAGAGCUGGUUAUUCGCCUACUGAUUAUCCUUCUGAGUUGGAAUGGAGAGCUAGGCAAUUGAUAGAGCAGUCAUGUGCUGUGAAGUGUCCGUCUAUUGCAUACCAUUUAGCAGGUACCAAGAAGAUUCAGCAGGAGCUUGCAAAACCCAAUGUGCUUGAAAGGUUCCUCGAUGACAAAGAAGACAUUGCCAAAUUGCGAAAAUGCUUUGCAGGCUUAUGGAGUUUAGAUGAUACUGAAAUAAUUACUGAUGCAAUCGAAAGACCUGAGUUAUACGUGAUGAAACCGCAAAGAGAAGGCGGAGGAAACAACAUUUAUGGGAAUGAGGUGAAGGAAGCAAUGCUAAGAAUACAGAAGGGAGGAUCCGAAGAAGAUGCUGCGUACAUCCUUAUGCAAAGGAUUUUUCCGACUGUUUUCCCAGCACUUCUGGUACGAGAAGGCAUUUUUCACAAAGAUCAUGCUAUAUCAGAGCUAGGAAUAUAUGGUGCUUAUUUAAGAAACAAAGAGAAUAUUAUCAUAAAUGAGCAAUGUGGUUACUUGAUGCGGACAAAGGUUUCUUCAUCAGAUGAGGGUGGAGUUGCAGCUGGUUUCGCUGUCUUGGACAGUUUGUACUUGAGUUGAUAGUUUGAAUGGAGAAAGCAAUGUAUGAUUGCUAAAAGUUGACAUUUACAUUUGCAUUGGUUUCAAUUUAGCUAGAUCAUGAAGGGCAAGAAUUGGCUUGUGGCUUUAAAUGGAGGAAUAAGAUUAUUGUAAAAAAAACAGAAAUUUACAAGGGAGUACCAAAAUUAUUUUUGAAAGAUUUUUAUUCCAGUCUUUGAAAGGGCUGUUUUCGUUUUGAAUAGUGGCAUAUGAGACAUAGUAGGCAUUUGUUUUAACACAGGAAUUGUUCAUGCAUUCUUGCAUGAAGUUUCUAUUAAUAUAAAUAUGGCUCCAAGGGUGCAUCCAAUCACCUAAAGUCCUAAAACAUGUAUUAGGGCGAUGUUGGGCAAAAUGUAGCUUUAGUGGUAUUUGUUAGCUGUCAACAAAUUGUUAGCUGUGAAAAUGAAUAAUUAAGUUUGAGUGUUUGGUAAAGUAGCGAUUGUCGGUUGAUUAGUUGUUGCUUUGGCAAAAAAAAAAAAAAAAAAAAAAAAAAAAAAAAAAAAAAAACUACCUCUAACUUUCAAAAGCUAAUAAUAUUAACUUUUGACAAAAGCUACCUGACUUGGUUAAGCUACCCAAAAAAAA